AUGUUUUACGCACAAUGGAGAAAGGUCAGUGAUUUCUAGGGCGAUUUUUUGAAAAAACAAUGUAUUUUAAUUUGGGCUUUUGGAAAUUUUGAGAUAAAGUAAGAUGAUAUAGAUGGGAAAAUUUAUUUUCUAGCAAAAUUUUUUUAAUAAAAUCGAUGAUUGGUUAUGGAAAAUUUAUUUUGGGCGAUUUGACUUGUUCAGGCCACGUGCCAAGAGUCACCCACUAUGUUUUGUUUGUUUUUCCGACUCUCGACGUCUUAUCUUAUUAUCUACCCCAGCCCAGCACCCCCCUCCCAUGUUCGGUUGACCCGAUUCCCCCCUCCCUUUUUUUGGUUAUCAGAGCCUCCAUUUCCCGGGUUCAUCUUCCCCAUUGCCCCCCUUCAACACACGCGCCGUUACAUCCGAUUUCCCAACGGGCCGCGAAAUGUUUCUGUGGCCCCGCGAAAUAAAAGAACGGAAAGAUUUGGGAGCGGAGAGCCCGUUCUCUUUUUUUAUCGAACACAAAACUUGGUCCAAGAGAUUUUGGAGGGUUUGUUGUGGUCGAUUUGGUGGAAUUUCGGAUUUUGUUUUGGAUUGGAGGUUUUCGUGGUGGGAUCAAGAAUUGGUUUUUUUUCAUUUUUACCGGUUUUAUAGAUUUUUACAGAUUUUUUGAGUAACAUUUGAUACUGUAGACAAUUAGAAGAAUAAUGUUUGAAAAUUUUGAAUCGAAAAAAUCCGAUUUUUUGUAGACAUUUUUUUAAACCUCAAAAUUUUAUGACAACUAUGAGUUUUGCUAUUUUUGGAUUUCCGAUUUUUUUAAGGAUCAUUAUUUUUUCUUUAUCGUUAUUUAUCUUUAAUUUUAUUUUGAUGGCAAUUUCUAAAUUUACACCUUAUAACCGCUCAAAGUCCCGUAAAUGUUCAUUUCUACACUUUUCUUCUCUUUCUUUUCCAAAGAUCCCCUUGUCGGCGGCAUUUUUAUAAAACCGACAAAAAGUUUUUUGGAUGUCCUACAUUAGUUUGAUGAAAAUUCUUUCCUGUUGCAUGUUGGGAGAAAAGCGAAAACGUUGGACGUGUUUUCCUCAAAAAAGAAAAGGGUUUUAUUGUGUGGAAAAAUUGAAUUCACCAAAAAAAGAGUUUAUGCCAAGAAUUAGCGAGAGAAAUUUAUUGUGAAACUUUUUUUGGAGUGUUGGCUUUAAUAAAUUGUUGGCCUUACCAUUAAAAUGAAGGUUUUUAUUGCGUAUUUUACCGCAAAUUUUUAAAAUUCUCGUUUUUAAUGAUCUUUUUCAACGUAAACAAAGCUUUCCCAUUGGAAAUUAAUUUUAAUUCCUCGAGGAAAUUGUUUGUCAAAAGCGUAGGAGAACCUAAUAAAAAGGUUCAAUAAAAUCGAGGGGGGGGGAAAAGGUUUUCGUGCAUAACUCAGAAGGUUCUCCCAUGCCAAGUUGAUGUCAAAAAAAGGAAACGCUCGUCAUAAUAAUUCGAUUCCAAUUUUGGCUCUUCGAAUAUAGUGGUUUUGGAGGGAGGAUGUUUGAAAAAAGUAGCGGGAAACUGGCUAUUUUAUUUUGAGUAGGGAUAUUUGGGGUAUUGUAAUUGGGAUAACUUCUUCAUCAAGUCCAGUCGGUAAAAAGGUCGACAACGGCGAAAAUAAACGGAAAUUUAGUGUCAAAAAGUAUUGCAUAGCCAUAAAAAGACUGAUGGGUUUUAAAAGACAGUUGUUGAAUUUUUACUUCGUAUCUUUUCCGAUUUGAAGAAAAUUUCACGAAAUCGCAGAAAUCCGUCGAAAAUGAAAAUCUACCCGAAUUUGAUAUCAAAAAGUAUCGCAAAGACAUAAAAAGACUGUUGUUUUCGAAGAGAAAGGUGUUUAUUUGCAGAGAAGGGUGUUGAACAUGUAUCGAGGCGCUUUUACGAAUCGAAAAAAUUUCGAGAGGAACCUUAUUACUCGAAAACGAGGAUUUCUGCGAUUUUGUGAAAUGUUCUUCAAAAGGGUACGAAGUAAAAGUUGAAUUGCUAUCUCUUAAAACUCGGCAGUCUUUUUAUGCUAUGCAAUAUUUUUUGACACCAAAUUCCCAUUUAUUUUCGUCGUUGUCGAGCUUUCUACCGAUCGGAAUUGAUGCAGAAGUUAUCCCAAUUACAACGCCCCAAAAAUCUCAACUCGAAGUAAAAUAGCCACUUUUCCGUUGCUUUUUCAAACAUUCUCCCUCCAAAAACCACACUAUUAGAAGAACCACAAAUGAAGCCAAAUUAGUGCAUUUGAAAUCCUUUUAUUUCUUUAUACAUCUUGCUGCCACCAAUCUUUCUCACUAUCAAAUUUCCGGCUUAUUACAAGAAAGGCAAGAGUUUAUCCAAACAUCUGAGCUCUCUGCUCGUGACCGUCUCCACUAACGAUACUAAUUUUAUCUUUUCUCUCCAUUAUUUAUUCAGCAGCUUCGCAGCACAGAGAGGGAAAGAUUAGGCCGAAUGUUUUUCGAAAGCGGCACGAAAACAACACUGCAAUUGCAUGUAAAUGUAAUGAUAAUUGGGGUGUUGGCUGGAGUUUGUCAAACCCAAAAUUUUGGAGUAAUAUCGAUAUUUUUUGUGCAGACCUCUUGCAACUGCUUAUUUGUAGUGGCUUGUAUUGUCAAAGCAAAACGGAAACAAAGAAUUUUUUGACAAUGAAGGGAAUGUAUUCAGAUGAGAAAAUUUGCACUUGUGAUAUGUUUCCUUUUCAGUUAGUGCCCUUUAUUUAUGAGAUAUGGGCGCAUAACUGUUGUAAUUGCAACAAUUAACGGUAUUCGGGGACUGGGGGAAAAGAGAUCGGUUCCAGUCGAUAAAAAGAUCAUAAAUGGAUCAGAUUGGUCCAAAUUUGAUAGCAUAGCAUAUUCCAGAGACGAAAGGUUUUUUUCUGGCUCUAUAAUACGUUUUGAUGCCAAAUUAUGACUGGUUUUUUACUUUAUUUUUUUACAGUUGAUUAAAACCGACAUAAUGCGGUCAUAUUUCCACAAGUACGUGACACUUUGAACGUGCGUUCGUUCGAAGGAUUUUCAGUUUCUUCUGGCCAUUCCGGGUUGAAAGGUUCAAUUUUCAAUCCCGCUGUAUUUGACCUUAUUUUGUCGAGAACAGGCUUAGUUUUCCGGUUUGAAUUCUCUUCCUCCCCUACUGUACACUCUGUUCCUCCAAGGGUUUCCAAUUAUAAAUUCCUCUUGUUCUUUCUGCACUCUUCAUCUCCACAGAAAUUCCCUCAAUUCCGUUAAAUUCCCGAACUUCCGCAGCAAAAAAUUAGGGCAAACCCUGAGGCCAGAACUGCGUAAUCCUCGUAUUUUUAGUGCGCCGAAUCCCGGAAUUUCCUGGACUUUUUUUCCCGAGGAAGUGUUCGAAGGCGAAUUGAAGCGUCAAUCAAGUUAUAGUCUGUCCGAAAAUCUUCUGAUUUGGUUUUUCAAUUAAGUCCCCAAACCGAAGCGGGUGGAAUUUGAUAGCGGGGCGUUUAAUUGGGACCCCCAGGAAAGGACAAGCCGUUCCAUUUUUCGUUGUCUUCAUUGCUGUCCGACAUAUUUGCCCGUGGGUUGGUCUGUGAUUACUUCAGAAGCUUUGUGAAUCCACCGCCUCCUUCCAGUUGCACUCUACAUCAUUUCGUGAUAAACAAAAAUAUGCAGACAGGUGGAAAGUUCUUCAAAGAGGAUUUUUGAACAUUUUUCAUGGGUCGUUGCUUAAAGGAAGAAUACGCCUAAAUUUUGAUGAAUUGUAUGGAGUAUGUCGUGCUACUUGCUUGUUUUUCUUUAUUUCGGAUUCAACCUUUCCAAAUUUUCUUACUUUUGUUUUUUACCAGUUUAAAAAGAGGUUUCAUUGCCCUUUAUCUGCAAAAGAGAGGAAAAUGUCAGAAAUAACUCAACCAUGGCUUCCCCUAGACCUUUGUUGACAUAAUAAUAUGGGUCUCCAUGCACUGGAAUUCCUUACGAGAUUGUUUUAUAAGAAUUGGAACACGGCCGGUAAUCGGUGCAUUGAGGUCAUGUGUGGGUGCUUGAUGGGUUUAUCGAACGCUGCGUAUGAUAUCAUAUAUCAUUGGUUUGACUAGAGACGGCUUAUUGUGGUAAAUGAUAGAAUUCUUAGAGGUUGGGAAGUUUUAUUAAGGUUCAUAGAAACUACAUGGAGAAUAGGUAUUAAGGUUGUGAAAAUUUGGGUUUUUCUUUCUUUAUGAUACCUUUUGACACCAAAUUUGUGCUUUUUCCUCUCCUUUUCUACCCUUUUGUUGACUGAAACCGGGCCAGGGCUCUGCUAAAAUGAAGGAUUCGAAAUUCAGCAAGACUCUAUCCUUAGACUUCAAAAAUCCCUAAUUUGAAUUUUUGACCUAUUCGUUGCGAUUUCGUUGCGUUUCACAUAAAUCCGCUGGCCGUUCCGGUCGCCCUUCUCCAACUCGCGGCCGCAAAUCCGCCUGGGGAAUUUGGAAAAGCCAUUUUUAUUGUGUUUUGUUUGGCGUUUGAAGCGCGGAAUGAAUUGUGUAGGAGUGAGAAACUAUUUUCUCUUAUUUUGGAAAUUUCUGUGCCAACAACGACUUUUGAUGUCAUUUCGGAUUUUGUAUGGCCGAACAUGAUAGAACAUUCAGCAUCCUAUUUCUUUGCCUGAUGCUUUGGAAGGACUUUUUGUGUUUUGUGGCACGGGGUAGAGUUCAAAAUUUGGUUAGGAAUUUGAUUAUUUUGUCAGUAAAGGGGGUUUCAAAGCGAUAAAAUACGAAGAUGUUGACUUUUUGGUCUAUUCCAAACCAUACAUACCUUGUGUUCUGAAUCGGACUGAUCCAUGAGCUCUUGAGCGUGGAAUGUGCACCACCUUCGGGCUGAAUUUGCAAUUCCUCACCAUGGAAACACUGUCAGAAACUUGGGUGGAGCACCAUUGUUAUAGACACGCAUAAAUCGUUAAUAAUUUAUUCCACACAUGACCCGUAUCUAUUGUCUACUGGAAUUUCGAACAUUUAGCGGGUCAUUUCCGCACUUUCAACGAGGUUUCACGUCAAACUUCCUGUUUUUUUGACCAUCCUUUGAAUUUCGCAUAGUUUAAUGUAUGGUAUCCCAAUGCACUUUUUCCACAAAUCAAGAGUGGUCCCUUUGAGUUGUGGGGCUUCCUAUUUUUACAUGAAACAUGCGCUCAAAACGCACUUGAGGAUUAACAUAAAAUUUCUGAAAUUUUACGCUAAUCUCCUGACUUGAAAAGCCCUAUUUAGCUGACGUUUUCGCGGAUUUUCCGACUGUAUAGUCAAGUGGGACCUUUAAAAGUUGUGGAAUAGUAUUUCUCGAAAGAAUAUUUGAACUCUAAAGUUUUCGUGCUGGGAUUAAGAAGGCUGUUCGCGGAGGGGAAAGGGCUUGGAUUUGGAUGAGAGUUGUUGGAAGUUUAUGCUUUUGCAGUCCAAUGGCGACUAUCUGCGGAUUCGCAACUUUCGUUAGACAAAGAAUGGGACGGUCUGGCUUUACAGAGGCGGACCUGAUCCAGUGGUUAAAAAUGUACCAUUUUUCAUCCGUGAAGUGUCGAAAACGCAGCAAAAUACCUCCCUCCCCAACUUAAAAAAUUCCGAGUCUUUUCGCUUGAACGAGGGGAGGUAUUUUGCUGCAUUUUUGAUACUUCCUGAAUGCUAAAUGGUAUGUUUUUUGCCACCGGAACAGGUCCGCGACUGUUAAAAUACAGUGAAGGACCCGAUCCAGUGGCAAAAAGCGUACCAUUUUGCAUCCGAGGAGCAUAAAAAAUAUGGCAAAAUGCUUCCAUCUCCAAGUGAAAAAACUUCGUUUUGAAGGGCGCGCCCUUUCCCUCAUAAAAAGAGUGGGCGCGCUUUUGAAAUCAGCGGUUUUUCACUUGGAGGGGGAAGCUUUUUGCCACCUUUUUUGAUACUUCCCGGAUGCAAAGUGGUACGUUUUUUGCCACUGGAUAAGACCCGCGCUGUAUGCCACUGUAAAAAUAGUGUUUGUUGAAGAGUAGAUUACAUUUAGACCAUUUGGUGCAAAAUUUUGUUAGUUUAUUCAAUUUCUGACGCAAAUAUCGAAUUCUUCAUGCCACACACGACUUGAAACUUCCCGAUUUUAUUUACUACGUGGUUCUACAAGACUCACUAAUUUAGUUUCCUUUAUGAUCGUCUCAUCCCAAAUGGCCUUCCAAAUUCAAUUUUCAAAAUGCUUUUAAAAGUUUUGUGACGUUCGCCAGUAGUAUUGGAAGUAAAUUUUGAGAGGAAAAAGUCUUUACAGAAGAUAUGGAAUAAUUUGUUUGCUAGCCAGUAGUUGUAUUUGCACUUGAAUUUGCGAAUUUCAGCUGUUCAAAACACGUGUUUUUCGACAAGUUUUCAAAAGUCACAACAGUUUUUCUGGCCUUUUGUUUAUAAACGCUGGUCUUGAGGUUAAAAAAGAACCGUAAAAACGUAGUGUGGCGUGAGUCUUGGAGGUGGACUUGGCAAGUGGCUCAAAAUGGAUACUUUAAUAUUGGAUUUUUUAGUUUUUUUGCAAGAAGAAGGCAUAAAGUUUGCACCAAAAGGUGAUUGUUGACUGACAAGAAGCAAAAUAAAUGACAGGAAGAUUUGUUAAUUGAGUUUGAGUUAUAAAAUAUUUCCAUUUUGAAAAUUUCAUUUUUAUUCAUGCUAGGGCAAAAAAACUGUUGGGAUAUAAGAUUGUAACUUUUUGUUUCUUCCCUUGCUUGUAAUCCGUGCUUGUUACACACUCACAAUGUCAGGACACUCUUUUUUGGGCAGAAUAACCUUGUUUUCAUUGCCGUUUUUAUUGAAGAAGGGAAUUAUUGGCGUUCGAGAGAAAAGCGAGGAUAAACAGCUCUUUCUGGAAGCCAAGAGUAAAAAUCGGGCCCUCCGCAGUUCUUUUGUGCAUUGUUUACUUUCUGGCCAAAAAAUAGAAAAAAAGAUUACUCGGGAAUUCGGUUUGAAAUAUUUACAGUGUUUUCCCCGGGGCUUUUGGAUUUGGAAUAAUAAUUUGACAAAGACUGAAUAUGAGAUUUUUUAUUUUGGAGUACGUUGAUGUGGACAAAAUUUGAAUCGUCGACGGACAUGAACAUUCAGCCGUAAGAGUGCAAUCAGAACCCGUUAAAAUUAGGUUUGUUUGUUGUAGAUCAAUCUGGAAAAUGCGGGAGGUGCUGCUCCUUGAACUGUAGUCGAAAAUCGAGUUUUUAAAGUUGCAUUAGGAUCCAAAAUUUUUUGGUACAGUGGGGGGCCUGAUCCAGUGGCAAAAAACGUACCAUUUUGUAUCGCGCCAUUUCUCUCUGAAAAAGAGCGGGCGCGCUUUUGAAAUCGGAGUUUUUUCACUUGGACAGGGAAGCAUUUUGCCACCUUUUUGAUACUUCCCGGAUGCAAAAUGGUACGUUUUUUGCCACUGGAUAAGGUCCCCUGUAUGUAAAUGUCUGGUGUCUACUAUGACGUCAGCAUGUAAUAAAAUUCCAGCGAUGUUCAUCAAGGAUUUUAGGACAAAUUCUGCUGAUUGCUGUCAUUUUUUGAUUUUUCCACCAAAAAAUUCAAGUUGAACUCUUGAUCCUCAUCAAAAACCAUAAAGUCCAAAUUCAGCAGAUCUCUGACAUCGAGCAAGGGCUCUCCCCCAUUUCCCAAAUUGAUCCACGACAAACAAACCCAAUGUAGACGGGCUCCGAUUGUACCCUUGCUGGUUCAUGUUCACCCGCAGGUGAAUAAUGUUUGUCCUUUCGCGUAUGCUAUGUAGGCGGCAAACCCGUCUCCCAUCUGACUGGAUUUACCUGCGCGCGAUUAGGUUAACAUUUCAAAACCGAAACGUUUGUUUUGCGCAAUUAUACACGAGAGCUAGUGUGUGUUUCAAAUGUUAUUUGACGAUUGCCCCGAAACACUCUUUUUAUUCGCUUGCUCCAACUAUUGUAAAAUGUACGCCUCGAAGAGUAUGGAUUCGAUUUUAACGGUAAUGCGGAGGACUUUGAGGGAUUUGAGUCGUAAAGCAGGGUAAAAUACGAGGAUUUCGGGAAAAAAUUAAAAAAGAUUUCAGAAUUGUAAUGGGUAAAAAGUUAGAAAUUUCUAGCUUUUGGAGCUUGGUAAAAAUAUUCGGUCAGAUUUUACAGGAAAAUCGAUUGAAAAUUUUGAAGACACAAUAUCAUAUCAGUUACGGUCAAUAUAACGGCAAAAUUGUCUAUAAUUUGACAUCAAAAAGAAUUGCGGAGAUACAAAACACUUUUUAUAAAGAGAGGAUUGUAGCCAGCAGUUUCGAGAUUUUUCAAGGCUCAUAAAAAGUGCAACUCCUCUGUCUUCAAGUCCUAUUAAAGGUUUUAUGUGUCUGCGAUUCUUUUCGAUUCCAAAUUUGAGAUUGUUUUGCCCUCUGUUUCAACCCUUUGUCGACGGAAGGGUUUGAUUUUGUAUCAUCUCAAUCUUCCCUUAAUUUUUGGAAGCCAGAAAAAAAAGCCAAAAACGCAUCAGUGUUCAAUCAGAGGCAUAAAAUGUUUGAAAAAAUCAAAAAAUGUGCGGUUGUUUGAUAAAAAAUUACAAUUAUUGACUUUUAAACUUUUUAUCGGGAUGCAGUUACAACCUUCGCCAUUCAAUUUGAAUCUCAUCUUCUUUCAGAUGAAUUAUGUGGUCAGGGAUACCGACACGCUGGAAGGAAUCGCUGCCGCACACGACUGCACAGUUGGUGAACUGGUCAAACUCAAUAGGAUGCCCUCAAGAAUGGUGAGUUCAACACGAUUUUUAUACCUUUCCGAAAACGAUUCCAUCAAUUUUUUUACAAACCAAAUCAAACAUUACACAUGUGGGAAUACCCCAAGGGUCCUUACGGAUUUACAUUGAUUAUGAAAAAUAGGAACACCGUAGAUUAUGUUUAUCGUGACGAAAUGGGUUGAUGUUUGGAACAAAUAAAACAUGAGGAAGAUCCUCAUGUUUUGUCAUUCCACAUAUUUUUUCUACGAUUCCCAAUUCGGAUUAACCGUUGUCGAGUAGAUUUCGUUAGAUGUGUGUCACAAUGGUGGUGAACCCGGUGUGGUUUCUGACGGGGGUAAGUGGAAGGGAUCUUUGAACUGGGAAAAAAAUUUUUCGUCUGGCUGGAUCUCCGCGUUUUCCAUGGUAUCUUAGCUGCAGAGAUCGUUGAAUAUAACGGCUGCUCAUGCAAAACAUGACACAAAAUUUUUUGGGGUUAAAAUUAACUUAUUUGGAGGGUGCGUGCGAGAUUUUGAGGGAGUUGUACAGUGGGGGACAUGAUCCAGUGGCAAAAAACGUACAUUUUGCAUCCGGGAAGUAUCAAAAAUGUGGCAAAAUGCUUCCCUCUCCAAGGGAAAAAACCCCGAUUUCAAAAGCGCGCCCGCUCUUUUUGUGAGGGAAAUGGCGCGGCCUUCAAACCGAAGUUUUUUCACUUGGAAGCAUUUUGCGACGUCUUUGAUCCUUCCCGGAUGCAAAAUGGUACGUUUUUUGCCACUGGAUGAGGUCCCCCACUGUACCAAAAAAGCUUGAAAUCUCAAAAAUCGCGAUUCUGGACUACAAUUCAAUGAGCAGCACCUCCCGCAUUUUCCAGAUUGUAGCUUUGAACUUCCAUCAGUUCAAGUCUCAGUUAAAUUAUCGGUAAAUUUUUUUUAACAUGAGGUUUCAUACAAUAGUUUAAGGCUGACGAGAAUUAUUUUUUACCAUAACAUCUAUUCUAACUUGGUUGGGAGCAAAUUUUAACCCAUUUGAGCUUUGAGCCCCCGAAAUUCCGAUAGUACACGAGACAUCUGACAUUGGUAAACAAUUUUUUUGCUGUUUUCUUAGUUUUUCUACACUUUUGGCCCAAUAAAUUCCCGGUUAAGCCCUCACUUGGCCAAAACAACGAUAAACCACUCUUCUCACCGUCCUCAAGCGCCCUUUAACCCCCUUCUGACUUCCAUUUCCCUCCACAAACAUUCAAAAAUCGAUGCCCUAAAGCCGCAAUUUAUAACAAAAAAUGAGUGCUUGUCCCCAUUGUUUUUGCGUCCACUUUCUAUUCUCAUUGUUAGUUUUAUUGCGGAGAUCCGGAAGAAAAUUAUUCAUUAGAAUUGAAAUUUUUUUCAAUUUUGUUUGAUGGAUGGUACUAGGAAUAUAAUUAGGUUAGCAAAUGUAGCAGAAGGGGAAAUGGACGGUAAAAUUGUAGAGGAUCUUUUCAAAGAGAGUAUGAGAUUGUAGGACACCUACAAUUUUGGAAUCCAAGAUGUUUUUGAGAAAGGUUUUAGAAAAGGUGGUCAAGUGUAAGGUAAAUUUUUGCUGGUUAUGAAGAAUUUUCGGUUGCAAAAUGUCUUUGGCUGCAACGCAAACGAGGUAAAGGUUAUUUUACGUAUUUUUUUUGUUGCUGGUUCCGAAUUUGGCACGAUUAAUAUCAAAUGCGCAGUAUAAUAUAAAAUUGAUGUUAUUUUUUAGCGAAUGGCCUCUAGGACGUAUUAUAAAAUGUAACUUGAUUAGCUAGCGCGCUGAAAGCCUCAAAAUUCAGUUCAAAGUUUGCAAACCCUAAUAUUUGAAAAAUCUUUCAUCGUAUAAAAUGUCGCCUUUUCUAAAAAUCCCUCGUAUUUUUCGCGAAAUGACCACCUCGUGGCCAUACUUUGGCCUUUUUCGGCCACUGCGCCUUUGGCUUCGCCAAAAUUCCCCACAAAAAACGUUUUUUUCGUCCCCAGCUGGGCCAAUUUUCCCAAGGAUAAUAUAAUUUCCUCCAAAAUUUGUGGGAAUUAGCGGAAUUUAGGUAAUAUUUUUGUUGUUGUUGGAGGAAGAAGACCGAAAAGAAACGAUUUUGUCUUGGAUUUCAAUUUCAAAACGGGAGUAUCGGAGGCUGUAGAUCUUUCUUUUGUUUUCGGACCUUUUUUUUUUGUAUUUCACACAAUAUUUUCUCCAUGGGGAACGAUCCCGUUUUCUAGAGUUUGCGAGGCACACUCCUCUUUCUCUCGCAUCUUUCAUUUCGAUCGGAGUGAAAUAGAAGGCUUUUUUUGUGAAUCUACAUCCAAAAUAGGGUCACAGGACCGAUAAUCAGACAAUUUCGAACAAAUGGGCUAGCCCUAAUGGGGGCUUUUGUUUCCGUUUCAUACCUAGAAUCACUCUUGUUGAUAAAAUAAAGUUUCCAUUGGGAGUUGAGUCGCUUCGAAAGGUUUUUGUUUAUUUUAGUGAAAGCUUUGAGUAGUAUUAUUUAAUUUGUCUAAUUUUAGGUAUUCCCCGGUCAGAAGAUUGUAGUCCCCGCCACUGCCGACGAGGUCUUCGCCCAGGCUGCGAUUCAAAGUGCGCAGCCACAACCAGAACCCGACAUGAAACCUCAACUUCGAUCGUUUUCGAUGAAUGAGACUUGUUCAGGUAGGUUAAUUUAAUUUUUGUGCCUUCUUGAAUUUAGGUGUGGAUGUGAGAGGAAUAUGUUUAAAGUGAGGUUGAAAGAGACUUUGUUGAGGUCGUGUGAGUCGGAGAGAUGAAACUUUGAGGGUUGUGAGGUAAACUGCGGGAACCUCUUGCACCAGUACUCUGUCAAACAAAGAAUUUUGUUUUUAAACCUGCUCCUGAUAGUUAUUGGUUAGACUUUUGUCUAUAAUAGAAACUACAGGGUCUGGAAACGUUAAAUUUACGAUUAGACAGAGGUUAACAUCGGACAUAGUUGACAAACACAUGAAUUAUGUUAUCUAUGAGGUCUUUGGAGAAACGUAAUUUUUCUGUCUUUUCUGAAAAUUUAGACGAAUCACUGGUGCUUUUUUUGAGCUGACUUGCCGUUAUUUUCAACUACACUUACCUCCAGACUUGCCGAUUAUUUUAUCCAUUAGGUGGAGCUCUGGAUGUUGGUCUUUGAACGCCUGCGAUAACUCGGAAGCAGCUCAUAUACGUACGAACUUUGGCGAUUUCGUUAGAACUUGCUAAAUAGAGUAGUUUUGAAUGUAAACGACAUCAUCAAAACACGGCCUAUUAACGUAAUGCACAGAUAAGGACCAAGCUCAGAGUUCAGCUGUCAUAAAAUCCGAAAUUAUUUCGGGGACCGUGGCCUGAAUGCAAGCUUAAUUUUCCGCCGCGAAGAUCUUGUUUAUUCAGACGUCAAUCGCGACGAAAAAUAAUAAUCAUGGUAAUUUACUAAGAGUCCUUUCUCACGUUCGCGUGUCACCGUCUCUUUAGGUAAUGAAAAUGAAUAUAUUCUCGCCGAAAAUGGAUGGUAUUUAUAACUGGAAAAGCCCACUUUGGCAGCACUUAUGACUGGAAAAAGGAGUUUUUCUAGAAUUUGGGCCUGAAAUCGGACUUGUUUGAGCAUUUUGGCUUGGAAAUCUAACUUAAUCCCUGAAAACUGUCUAGGAAUUUCAAUAUCGUAUAGUGGGAAGAAUGCUGAGACAAGAUUAGAGCCGUCUGCUGCUGGUAAUACCUGAAAGUCGGCGGAUUUGGGCCGAGCGUUAGUUUUACGUCAACAAAUUUCGGUUGCGUUUUUGGAGAGAGUAAUUGACUUUGUUAGUGGAAUAUUGAUUGUAGGCUGUGUUUACUGCUGUGGUAGUGCACAUAGUUUCAGCGUGAUAAAUCCAAAACGAUAUUUCGCUUGACGCUUUUUAGUAGAAUUUAUUUAGGUACUUUUUUGGGUAUUAUAUCUUUAACAGUAUUAAAGAACAUCAGGCUUUAUGCUGAAGAUAAUUUAGGGAAAUAAAUUUUAAAAAAAUUAUAUUGGUAUUGGCAUUUUUUGCCCAAAAUUUUACCUUUUUGGCUUUUAUAAUCGCACAUGUUGAGAUUAAGGUGAAACAAGAUGGAUUUAUUUUUACGGAUUAACUUAAAUUGGGCCGGAUUUACUGCAAGAAACAGUGUUUUCAAAAAAUGAUAGGUCCAAAUUUUCGCUUCUGUAAUUAAAAGAUUUUUACUGCACAAAGUAUGUAAUCAGUCUCUCCGAAAUUUGUUUUCUUACUCGGAGUAUGUGACGCAAAGAUAAAAAAACUGAGUGCUUGCAUUGGACCUCAGGCAUUCUGCCCCUAAUCCCCGAGAAAGAUUGGAAUUUUUAAUGUCGUUUUUCUCCAAAAACUUGCUCCCAGAAGGUCGUAUGAUUGUAUAAACAUUGUAAAUGCAUGUUUUGAUCCCUAUAACGUGACUACUUCCGCGAUUUUUUGAUACUGAAAAAAAAAUUCCAGUGUUUUUGGAGAAGUCAGUCUGAUCCGUAAAAUGCGUCGCUAAAGCCGGCGAUUAAACGUGGAAAUUGAAAAAAACGAGAUUGAUUGGAAAGUCUGAUAAUCGAUCGGAAGCUAAGUGGUGUCAUGGAGAUUCCAAGAAUCGAAGUCAACGCUCACGAAUGUAAGAUUUGAGGGUUUUGAUGAAUCUUGUCGGCCGGAGAGGGAAUAUUUGCGAUUUUAAGUGUUUUGUUUCUAAAGGAGUCUCAAAUUUGGUUGAUUCUUAUUGGCAGGAUGCCUAUGACCAUCUCGAAUGGCUAAAAAGAUCGAACGGAGAUCUAAAGGAUUUAAUAGGAAUGGUAUCAGAGUGACAGAAAGGAUUGUUGGAGUUGAAGGAAUUGAAAACGGGGGAUGUUUUCUAUUCUUAAUUCAAAUAUACAGUGGCGGAUCUAAUCCAAUGACAAAAAACGUACCAUUUUGCUUCCGGGAAGUAUCAAAAAAUGUAGCAAAAUACCUCCCUCUCCAAGUGAAAAAAACGGGAAAAAGGCACACCCUUCAAAACGGAGUUUUUUCAGUUGGAGAGGGAGGAAUUUUUGCUACAUUUUUUGAUACUUCCCAGAUGCAAAAUGGUUCGUUUUUUGCUGCUGGAUCAGCUCCGCCGCAAAAUUUCUCGCUAAUUCUAUUGAACUCAAAAUCGGAGUCUAUUGAAUCUCUCUUCCGACAGUUUUGUCGACUGGAUCUUGUUGUAUUCUAACAGUCUUGAAAUGAUAAAGUCCUCAAACGGAUAGCUCAAAUUGGGGAAAUUGCGGUUCAAGUCUUGAAAAUUUAAUGAAGCUUCUGGAAAUUUCCCUAAAAUUGCGGAUGUGCUCCUUUCAAACUUGAGAAUUUGCUGAUGAUUGCUAUAAAACGGUCUGAAUCAUUCAUUUAAGUGCACUGAUACAAUGUUUGAUUCAAAACCUCUGCUCUUAUUUGGGCCUCAAAUGGUAUUGAUAGCUGUUUCUAAUGAAAAUUUUUUUCUGACAGAAUUGUCAUUGAUAUUUAUUAUUAUUUUUUCCUGUUUUUGCGGUGAAUUCCAGAUUUGUUGUUGAAUGCCAGAUUUGUUGUUGCCACUUGAUUCCGCAUGGCUUGUCUUCUGUAAUUUCGAAGAAACAAAACUUAUCUUUAAUUUAACAGCUAACUACAGCUGUUUUUCCAUAAAAAUAACAGUUUGUUUACCAUAGUUUUGGGAAAACAUUGAUUUUCCUACACAUUGAUUAUCAGCGGUACCAGGCUUUUCAUUGAAACCCGUGGGCCUCCCCGAAUAAACAAUCGGUUAUUAUCAUAAAACACGCCUUUUCUAUGUAGAAUUAGAGGAAAAUGUUAUUUGAAUUUGAUGUGGAUUAUUCGAAUUGAUAUUGUAUUGGAUUGUUGAAUUGUGGUUUAGGCCUCGAAACGUGGAUUCGAAACAGUUUCAUUGCAAUACAGAGGAUUGAGAGCGGUUUUUUAAAAAAAUUUUUGAGAUUGAUGUUGUAUAAUUUUGAAGAAGGCGAUGGUUGAAGAAAAGUAGUCUUACGGUUCUGGUUUGUAUUAUAAAGGCUUGGAAUUUUAUUACUGAUGGUCUUGAAGUUUUAUGAGGGAAAAAUUUUCAAUUUCUAAUCAUUGAUAGCCAGGAUUUUACUUCAAAUUUUCACCUUAAAAUUUUUUAAAAAUUCGACGUGGAAUAUUGAGCCCAUUGUUGGCUGGAAACCUCAUAUUUGCCCAGCGUUUCCAAUCAUUCCCUUUAUUCUUUGCUCUUUUCCAUUAAGUGUUUUGGUUUACAAAACAAAACAACUGAUAAAUUUGAUGGAAAUUCUGAUAAAAGCUGCAAUUUUAAACUUUUUUUUUCCUACGAACGCUGAUUAAGUCUUACAUUUUACCUCCCUUAUCACAAAAGGUUUGAUUUUGUUGACCGUUUGAGGGCGUUUCGAAACGUUAAUAGAGGGUCAGCCUUUGUGAUUUCGUCAAAAGAGGCCUACAGGCCUUUUGAGGAACGGUUUAUUAGAAAUUUGGAGGAAUGAAUCGGGGAAAUGUUUUUUGAAACCGAUAAAUUCUUUGUUUUUGGUCUUGGUUUAUUGGUCUGCACAGUUGUUGUUCGGUGGUCCUGGUCGUGUUUAUUUAUUCUUUUCAUUUUUUUCAUUUUAUUUAAUCUCACGGGAUUUUUUGGAAAAUUUAAGGCUUUUUGGAUGUUAAACGUGACAUUUUGGUACGGAUUAUUCAUUUUAAAGUUACGUAGAGGUGAUUUAAGGCCGGUUUUAGCAGCUUAAACUUUGAUUCCGGACUUUUGUAUAGUAAUUUAGGCAUAUAUCACCUUUUUUUUGGACUUUUGGUCGAUCUAAUCGAUUACUAAUCAAAAAAUACGAAUUUCGGUAUUGCAAAAUUACCUGCACUUGUUAUCUCUGUUGUUGUCUUGUAAUUUCUGACCGCUGAAAAACCCUCGGUCGGGCCUUUAUUUAUCACUCGUUGCAUCAUUUCCAUUACUUCAUCGUUUUUUUUGACGCAUUCAUUGCAGCUGACAGAAUUUCUUGUUUUGUGACUGUUGUCCUCUACGCUUUUGUUGUGUAUUUCCUGUGCAGGCUCGUCAGCAUGGCGAUGACGGUGUUGUGGGGCUUCUGGGGUAAGUUCUCAUCUUCAUUUUCUUGCGAUCUUUGGUCGUAAUGGACAAGUUUUGGUGCGGUUCUGAGUGCUUUCGGUGUUGUUGCGGUAUGUUGGGGAUUGUGGGGUGUCGAAAUUGAUAAAAAUAAAGAAGGGAUUGAAAAAAAUGUGUGUCAUGGAUAAUAUAAAAAAUUACCGGGAAAUGACGAAGAAAAGUACACAUGCAAUGCAAAUUGAGUGUAAAUCGGAGAAUGUCGUGAUAUACGCAAUUUACAAGAUAGAAAGGGAAAAAAGCAUUAGUUUUGUUUUUAUCAAAAAUUCCAAUUUUUUUUGUUUUGACGGAAAUUCCAAAGAAUCUUUUUUUUCUUACCCAAAAAUAUCCAAAAUGAAUGGUGUUAUGCGAAAAAAUGCCAUAAAAUAUUCUUUAUUGUGUCGACAUUUAAAAAAAUCCAUUUUUUAUACCGCGGAAAUAUCGCAAAAUUUAUUCUAUUUUGUUGUUUUCCAAUUCCCCUCAACUUCCGCCCCUAGAGGACACGGGGAAUAUUGGCGCCGCGUGUGGGGGAGUUGUUUGUUUUCCACACUAUUUUAUUGGCCCAAAUGCAUUCUGUUUGCAUUUUGUUUUGGCGUGCGGCAUCAAAUUUUACCGCCCCUGUUGUUUUUUUUUCGCCGCUUCUAAUUCAAUAAGAUUUAAGCGAAACUUGCAAAAUUACGGCCGCUUCUCUCGGUUUUACGGCCCGCAUUUUAGGGAGAUGAAGGAAUUUUGAGAUUGGCAUCGAAAGUUUCAUUUGUUUUGGGUUGAAAGCGAGUUCAGACUUGAAUUUGUGGGAUUACUGUGUGUGUUUUAAAUGAAAAUAGGGGUUUUAUGAGAUUUUUGGGACCUCAGAAGUCUAUAGAACUGAUAUAAUGGAAGAUUUUGUAGUUGGUCGCAUUAAUUUGGUCAUAAAAAUUCGAAAGGAUUUAAUUUUUGUUCCGAAAAUGAAUGAAAAUUUGAUUUUUGAACGGAAAUUUAAUCUUUUGGUUUUAUGAGAGGUAAAUUUAAUUGGCAUAUGAUUAAUAAACCAAAUUAUUUGGAGGCAAAUGUCUUUUGAGGAUAAUUCUUUUUGUCGAGAGCCAGCUAAAAUUUUAGAAAGAACAUGAUUUUUAUGGGAUUUGUUGUCUAAAACAAUAUAAUUCUAAUCUUAAUUUCAUUCCAGAUGGAAUCCGCAAAGGUCCCGGUGUGCCGGCACCCCUCCAGUUCGUCGACCACCAAAUGAAAACCAACAAUAACAUGAAUUCGAACGGAAAACCCGAAUUAUCCACCAAAAAGUCGAUGGAAUUCGAUCUGGCCGACGCCGAAUGCCUUCAACGAUUCCUCAAAAUCAAAGUGAAGCAGGUCACCGAGUCGGAUGGCACAGUAACUGGGACAUUAUUAGUCACUCCCAACUGUCUAAUGUUCGACCCGGAUCUAAAUCAUCCACUGGUUAAGGAGAAAGGCACCGAUUUGUAUGGAAUGGUGGCCAAGUAAGCAAUUUUUGAACGGGUUUUUAGCGAAAUUUUAAAUUUUUGCCGAUUUUUUGGGUAAAUUUGAAAAAAUUUUGAUGAAUUUUUAUUCGUUGAGUGUUAUACUUGAUUUUUUAGUAUGGAAGACGUCGUAUCGGUCUCGGUGUUCAAGCAUAUUGCUGAUUUGACCGGUGAGGAAAAGAAAGUCGAUGGAAUUUAUGAUCCUUCUCAUUUGUCCGACCCAAAACCCAAGAAACCUCAGAGUUUGGAUAGAUCCAGCUCAAAUUCCGUCGAUGAUCCGGGUAGAACUCCUUGUAAGUGGAUUCUUUAUAACUUUAGCUGCUUUUUGUUGGGCUUUGGAGAUUUUGAGGCAAUUUUUUAUCAAAAUUUUUUGAAAAGAGUAAUUUUGAGGGAUUGCGGAGAAAAUUCUUGGUGAAAUGACAAGUAUAAUAUAUUCUAAGCGCUAUAUUUUCAGUGUUCACUGCUGGCCCGCCCGAUCUGGAUUCAAACGGUACUUGUGACCUUCUCGAUCCCCCUGACCCAUGCCCCAACCAGAAACAACACUCGCUCUCAUCGAACGCCUCAUCCGAAUCUCAGCUCCCCUGCAUCAAGGAAGAGGACAAACCCACCCCCACAACCCCCGCUCAAGAACCCCUCCGCCAACUCGGUGUGGCCACCGUGAAGCGACGAACUGUCAGCGAUCUGACGCCGGAACAGAAGACCCCGUUGGAAGAAGUUAUUGGCCCAGAACAAGCGGCCUCCGCGAAAGAGAGCCGACAGAGAUGUCAUUCGGAUUUAGAAGCAACUACCUCAGUAAAUUCAACGACGUCCGAGCCAGGCCCGCAGAGGAAUUCGAGGUUCCGAGCGAGUUUUAAUAGAAUGUCGCCGGAUGUUGCGAGGAGAUCGUUUGGACGGUUGGGAAGGACGUUGAGGUAGGAUAACGGAUUUUUUGGGGAGUAGAAGGAGAUAAGAGGCUUUUUGAGGCUAAAUUUCGUAUUCAAAUGAUUUCGGACACAAAUUUUUAUUGAAAGGAAUGAGUCAAGUGUAAUAUAAAAAGAAAAUUAUGGACGCUUAAAAUACGUUGAAUAUCGAAUAAUCAUUUGGAUGACUUACGUUGCGAAUCGCCUGAAAAAAACUAUUUUAGUUUAUGUUUCACAGGGAGAACAGUUCAUAAAUCUAAUUUGUACUCUCGGUUUUGUCAAAACAGCUUUUGGGGGUGUUCAAAAGUUUUCCACAACAAGUACGGUAGAAUACCUGAUUGAAUAGAGAAAACAACGAUUGUUACAACCGAGUGUAGUAAUGUAAGAUCUACCAUGAACGGAGAGUAUCAGCAGACUAAGGGGAGAGCGAUGUCUUCGAAUCAAUCAAACAAAAAAAGAAAAAAGUGAUAGGUUAAAACAAAGCUUGAACGACUUUUUCUUUACCGUGCGGGAGUUUUUGGGUUAAAAGUUAUGAUGGGAUGAUUUGUAGGGGAAGGUAAAGUGCUUGGAAAAUAUAAAUUUUGUUUUAAUGAUCUUGGAGACUGAUCGUUGAGAUUCGAUCGCUUAUUAACUCUUAUGCGUUUCUUUUCAUCAAUGAAGUGCUAAAAAAUGAUGAAAACAAUCUUUAAAGAUUGUUUUUUACACGAUUUUUUACUGCAGAUUGUUUUUUACACUACUUUUUGCAGAUGGAAAUAUUGUAACGGCAGUAAUAGUAGAAGUACUGUAAUGGCAGUAAAAAUUUGACUUGAUUUUUUUAACUUUGUUUUGCAGUAGCGAUUUUGAAAUUUUAUGGGGGUUUUAUAUGCCUCUAGAAGGCUCUGUAAUGACUCGUUGAACAAGUGUAACACGAGAAGAGAAUUAAUCGGAAAAUUGAAAACUAGCACCUACACGUGCCUUGGUUUGUGUGACCAAGGCACGUGUAGGUGGUAAAAGUUGUAAAAAAGGUGUUUUGACACUAGUUUUGCGCUGCUUUCGAAGAAAUUUUUGGGAAAAACAAUCUUAAAAGUAAAUUUUUUGAUCGUGAAAUAGUAAAGUUUGUCGUAUAAUUCUUUAAGGUAUACCAUAUGCUUUACUAUUUCAUUAUCAAAAAUAUUACUUUUUGAUUGAUUUUCUUCCAGAAAUUUGUCGAAAACAUUGUCAAAAUAUACGUUCCAACAAUUUUUUAAUUACGCCAUGAGUUGUUUUGGAGAAAGUAAACCGGAAUUUCCUUAGGGGAUUUUACUUUUUUCCCUUCGUUUCGUCGAUAAAAUCUCCUGCCGAUUUCUCCUUGUUAUUGCGUGGUAGACGAAAAUCCCAAGGAUUUGAAGCAUUCGCCGUUCUUUUCUUUCCAAUAUCAUCAAAUAACUGUCGGUGAAAGUGAUUUUUAUGAGUUAUUGAAGGGCUGAAAACCAAGGAUAUGCGUUGUUUUUGAGAAUAUAUAUUCUGUUGACAGUUGCGCUUUGCGAUGAAGUAGUAAGCUAGAAUAAGGUGAAGUGGCUAUCAGAACCAAUGAAAAUUUUGUUGGAACGAAAAGAAGAUUAUUUCGCGCGCGUAUAACUCGAAAAUCGGAGAAAUUUCAAGAGCAGUAGCUUGCGUUUUUCGCUUUCGGCUCAUUGUUUUUCGGUCUUGUCGUAUCGGGGCUACGAGACGAAGUGGAGGUUUCGAGAAUUUUCGCCCGGUAAUUAUAGGUCUAUAGUUUACUGCUACGAAUAAAAUUUUUGUUAUAACAUCGGAAUAUUCAGAAAUUUUGACCGGUUUAAGGGCUUAUUUCAAACAUGAUGACGAAGAAAAGCUACCGACGGAUUGAGUCAUCCCUGCAAAGAAGUCAACUCUCUCCUCUCUACUUGCAAAAUUUGCGUUCCUUCUGACAAAGAGUCUAAAACUUGAAUCCUUUUUUUCCGUCGGCAGUCGUCUGAAUCCCUUGAGAUUCCGUGAGAGUAUCAGGUUGGUCUCCUUUCCCUUGAGAACUCAAGCUCCUUAAAAGCCUUCUCCAGGAAGUUGUUAUCCUCCCUUUGUCUUCCUCUCCUUUUUCCAGUCUAGAUCUUCGCUUGAGAGUUCUCAUAGUGCAACUUGAGAUCCUUGUAAAUUCCUUGCAGCUGCUGGUCAUUGAAGUUUUUGGGGGUUUCUGGUUGUUUCUUGAUUUCUCAUCUUAUUGUUCAUUUGAAACCGCCAUAGGGCUCGUUGAAUUUCUCCACCUUUUUUGAUGACUAAUCAUCAAUGGGUAGCGGAAUGUGUUCAGUAGUGUGAUCAAUGUAUAACGACCUCUCUCGUCUGUUACUUGUUUUUCGAGGUUCUGUCGGUAACUAGUUGAUAGUUUGGGAAGUGUUUGCAGCUUCUUAUGCGACUUGUGGUUUGAGGUGUCGAAAUCUUGCAGCGUUGUUUUAAGAAGGUUAUUUAUUACGAUCGCUAGUUAGUAGUGUAGGUGACAAAUUACUUUUGCACUUACGGUACCGUGGUUAAGUUAUUUUUUGUUUCUGUUCUUCAAAAAGUUGUAAUUGCUCUUGGGGUGGAUCGAAAGUCGUCUUGAUAGUUCACUGAUUCUUUUCUCGAUUUCUUAACAACUUACUACAGUAUGGCCUUGUUCUUUCUUGCGUCAUUUCUCUUCAAAAUAGCCGCUAUGAGCGGUUACAAAAAAGCCCUCUGCACACAGGGGAUUUUUUUGUUGGGAGGAGCUAAACUUUUGGAUUACACACUUGAACUGUUGUACCAAGAAGGUGCUAUGAAGUAUUUAAGGACCUGAGAAAGAAUUCUUGUCUAGUUUUGAGCACUUAUUUUGAGAGAAGGAUAGAUCUUUGGAUUUAGAAGGUAGAUGAACUUUUAAAAUAAUAUUGGUCUUCUGUUGUCGUCUGUGCCUUUUUUGGUUUGUUUUUUGAAAGGGUUGACUGUCAAAAUUUGCUGUAAUGUCUUCUAAACUUCUGACACGGAAGGUCGUAAAUCUCCAUCGCUUCUCUUCAUAAUUUUUAUGACUUUCACCUUUUUCUCGCAAAAUCGACAAAUCCCCAGAUAACUGCCUCUCGCGCGUUGUUUUGAGCUCAUUGCAAAUCGAGCGGAAGAUAUUUGCUUUCUGAUUUGCAGCGUGUAAAAUAGAAGCAUUUUCUCCGUGACAUUGAAAAAUUCGAAAGGUUUAUUGAGGUUAGAUUGUAAAAACAAAUUACGUAAUACUCUCUGGGCGUUUUAAUGUACCUGUUUUGACUACGUGUUGUUAUUUUUUCACCUAGUUCCGAUAAUUUUUAUUAUGACAGAAAGGCUGUCUGUUCUGCUUGUUGCCUGAAAUAUGAUUAUGUAUUUUUCACCAAAAAGCUUUCUAGGUUAGGGCUCUGAAAUCUUUUGGAAAAUAUGAAAGUAAUGUUUGUCCUCUAUGUUUACUAUUUUUCGACUUACCGGAUUCUCGAAUUCCGUAUUACAAAAGUAAUUUAUAUAAGUUGUUUUGCGUAAAGUACGAGAGAACGCCCUCUUUCCUAGGCUCUUGUACAGUUCGUAUGGAUCUGUUGACUUUAGUGCAUUUAAAAGUCGAUUGUUUUUGAGUGAGCUCUUGAUCAGUUUGUCAUAUGGACCUGAUGGAUCUGGUGACCUUGCUGUGAAAUUUGCAGAAAUUGUUGAUGUUAGAUUUUAGGGCAUACUGUAGGGUUCAUUUGUUUGGUAUCUUUGGUAAUAAAGCGAGAAAUAAGAGAGUGAUUGUUGACGGUUGUGUGGUCAUCUGAACUAGGGAUUCAUUGUCUGAUCUCUAGGAUGACUAACGACCGAAGGUACUGUGGGGGACCUCAUCCAGUGGCAAAAAACUUACCUUUUCGCAUCCGGGAAGUAUCAAAAAUGUGGCAAAAUGCUUCCCUCUCCAAGUGAAAAAAGCCAUUUUGAAGGGCGCGCCUCUUCCCUCGCAAAAAGAGCGGGCGAGCUUUUGAAAUCUGAGUUUUUUCCUUGGAGAGGGAAGCAUUUUGCCACAUUUUUGAUACUUUCCGUAUGUAAAAUGGUACGUUUUUUGCCAUUGGGUCAGGUCCCUCACUGUAACAUAUGCUAUCUGUCGUUUAUCUGUGAAUUCUACUUUAUUUUCGUUGUAAAGCAAAAUAUAGUCUGCGCCAUUUUAAAGCUCUUGAAAGAUAGUACUAGAUUUAAUUCUAUUACCACCUGGCAAGGGCUUAAUUAAUAUGGCUUUGUUUUAUCCGGCUUUGUUUUGCAACGAAGAUAGGGUACGUUUUAUAAAUAAACGCAAAAUGCCAUAUGCAAUUUGCGUACGCUCUACUUGCGCAAACGCCUACUCCGAACGCCCUACUUCUCCCCCGCUUUUCCUCCCCUUUCCUUGUACGGUGAUCUCGCUGCUGGAGUCCCUUUUUUGAACAAAAGUCGUCUUCUUCGGUUAAACUUCCUCAGUGGAGAAUUUUGUUUCCUUCCUUGAGUUGUUUUCUUGCAAGUUAUUUUUUGGUUCCAGCAGUUACAUAACUCGCGGGUUUGCACGGUAAAUCCCGCUCGUGAUAAAAGUCGUGAACUUGUUUAUUUAUGAAAGUUUUGAUGCAAGUUUUUUUACAGUAUCAAAUUGAGAAAUGCGUCGAAACAAAAAGUCAUACACUGUUACUCCCGAAAUUACCAAAGUUGCGGUCGAAUCGAAAUUCGGUCUAAACGGAAUCUUGAAACCCUUGGUGAGAAAAUUGUAAGUAUAAAAAGGAUGAAAAGGUAUAAUCGAAUGGAUUGGGCCAGACGUUAAGCUCUGCUCCGCAUGCAUCAUCAGAAUUUUUAUUUUUGACUAAAAAUUUGAUUUUUUUAGUCAAGCAUUAAAAAUUUACUGUAAGGCAUGUGGCGUUCUACAUCUUUCGGACCUCCUCGCAGAAAACCCACAUUUCUUGUCUAUGGGCCCUCUAGACAAAAAAUGCGGGUUUUCCGCGAGGAAUUCCGAAAAGAUGCAGAACGCACGCUCGUUAUAUGGUAAAUUUUUGCUGUUUGUCUAAAAAAUCAAAUUUUUAGUCAAAAAUAAAAAUAUGAUGAUGCAUUCGGAGCAGAGAUUAACGUCUGUUCCAAUCCAUUCGCAUAGGUCAAACCCUGUGGAGAGUCUGCGGAAUUUUUGCACCUAAUUUUAUGGUAAUCGCCGUUUUUCAAAUUGCCCUUUAAAGGACACCCCCAUAAUCGAUUGAAAUACCGUUGUCUGCUCGAAGGAUGUGUUUUGUACAGCCCACCGAGUAUAAAGUUGAUAUUUCCCGAGCGGACUGACCCUGUUUUCCCUUUUUCUGGAACGUCUGAUCCGAAAAAACAAUCCGGCUCUGAUCGCUCAAAAAAUACAAUGGAUUUAUUGUACGAAAAGUAAAGUAAUUUUUUUCUUUUAUAAUAGCCACUUGUAUGAUUGUAAUGGUCGGGAUUAUGAGGAUAUAAAAGGAAACUGAAAAAUGAAAAUUGAAGGGCAAUUUGAGCGAUUAUGAUUAGAUUACUUUGAGAUCAGCAUGUUUUUGAAUUUUUUUUCGAGUUGAUGCUGCGAUUUGGCUGUUUGAUAGCAAAAAAAUGGGAUCUAUAGGGAUCAAAUAUGGCCCGAGGGAGGUCUAGAGAGAUUUUUUGGGGUUUAGAGUUAUUAAUUUGCUAACUCGAGACUAAUUUUAUAUAAUUUUAGCGCCCGAGCCAACAGUCUGAAAGGAACGGUCCAAUCUGGUGCCCAAACCGUUGCUUCAGGAACUCAAAAAGUGGCCCACGGCGUUGUAACUCACACGAAGUCCGCGGCAGAUCAAAUUCAAACCGGCAUCAAGACUGGCGCCAACGCUGUAGCGGAAAUGCCUCAAAAUUUGGUCAAGGUCGGCAGUGGCCUUCUUCAUGAUGGUCAGAACAGUUUGACGGAGUUCUUUAAUGGAGAAACUGUAAGUUUGUGGGGUAAAUGGGAGCUAGGGAAUGUUAAAAUCAGGUUGGAUGCGUCUGCAUACGACUUGGUUCAAGAUUUUCCUAUGAUUUUUUUUUUUCAUUUUUGCUAAUUUUUCUCGAUUUUCAGCCCGAAAUGAGUGCCACCGCCCUAAAGCGGGAACGCUCAAUCGCCACCCUCGAAUCCCUCCGAGAGAAGACGAAACAAGUCCGAGAGCAGACGGCCGGCGCCCUAACCGAAGACCUACUGCAGGCAGAUUUCUCACCAGUCCUGUCGCCGGUCGAAAAAUCCGCACAGAUUGUAAAGGAUGCCAAUGCCGCGAUCACAACAAACGGCCCCAUCGGAACCCCGCCAGACCCACCAUACUACCUCACAGUCCGCUUGGACCGACGAAGGAAGAAGAAACAUCGAAUUCAGGUGAGAAUUGAGGGAUUUGAGGAAAUGGAGGUUUUCGUGGUGGGACCCAAAGUUUUUGAACAUGAACUUUUUGUAUUACCCAUGACUAGAAAAGUGUCUGAAGAUUGAUUUGAGGAGAAAUUUGAGAUUUUAAAAUUGUAAAAACCCUUCUUUAGGACGAAUCGGACGCCAAGGCGCUUCACCAACAACUCAGCAUCGACUACGACCAAAAAGGAGUGAAUGGAUUCGGAAACACCCGGAAACGAGAGUUCUGGUUCGCGGUCCCGAGGGCUCGCGUGGACGCCAUCUACCAUUUCCUCCUCCAAUGGAGCCCCGACAAAUACGGCCAAGACGUGAAAGAGGCGGUCCAACAAGCCCAAGCCGAUCAACAAAAGGAAUUCGAGAAGGCCGGCGGAGACUUGGAGAAGAAGACCAAGAAAAAGCGAAGCUUUGAGAAUGACAGAGGAUUUGUGGUGCUGGAUCGGGAUGUGGAGGAUUAUUUGACUUGUAAGCAGAAGUUUUUUUAUUGUUUAGGGAAAAUUUGAGGGGAUUUAGAGAAUUUUUUAUUGGAUAGGCUAGUUUAGGAGGUGGUUUGACUCUUUCCUCUCGAAAACAAAAAGAAAAUUCCCCCCGUUUUCCCGCCGGACUCAAAAAUUCCAUGAAUUUUUAAUGCCACGCCGCCAAUUCCAGCCGAAAUUCCACCUAUUUUAGGUGGCAAACCGACGAACCAACCCUUCGGCCCGCACCACAACAUCAACCGCGAGUGGGAGAUUGUGACCGUCCGCGAACUAUGCCGCCGACUCUCGCUGGACGAUGACGUGGAAGAGGGGGAAAUGCCGCUGCCGCAAGGAUCCACAGACUCCCAAAUUUUGGACGAGUUCAUGAUCAAUCAGAUCAUGGAUAUCUUGCCGCCGAGAGCCGAAGGCUACCCGUGGGUCAUGAUCUACAGCAGUGAAAAGCAUGGAUUUUCGUUGGCUACGCUUUACAGGUGAGGAAUUGUGGGAUUUUUUUGGGAAUUUUUGGUUUCGAGAGAGUGAAGGAUUUCGUGGCAGGACCAAAAAUUUUUUUGUAAAUCCAAAUUUCUGGAAAGUUAAAGAAAUAGGAUUCUGUGUAGAGGGUUUUUGGCGAGGAAUAACUUGAGAUUAUGACACGACGGAAUGCCAAUUUUCGUUGCGAGACCCGAAGAUUUUUAGAAAUAGAGCUUUUUUGUUAGUUAGCGGACAUUAGCGGAUGGAUAGUAUUUUACAAGCUGUUUUAGGAAUAGGGGUUUGUUUUUAUAGGUAUUUCAAACUUCUUGACCUUAAUUAAGAUAUUUUGUUUUUAUAAAAAUUUAAUUUUUUUCAUUGAAGAGUGGUUUUUUGAUGCUUAAAAUCGUAGAAAAAACGACGGUAUUUAAAAAUUGUUUGUGCUUUGUUCCGUAAAUUUUGGAGAGGCAGAAUAAAUUUUUUUCGUUAUUUUGCCUAAAGGAGGGUCAUUUUUUGUCCUUUUCUCGAUUUUCAUACCUAAUCGUGUACUUGGUUUCAGGCGAAUGCAAGAAUGGAAAGAAGAAAUGUCCCCGGUCUUAUUGCUGAUCCGAGACGUUGAAGGUCACGUGUUUGGAGCCGUCGGAUCGACAGCUUUAACGCCUCAAGAUCAUUAUUACGGAACGGGAGAUUCGUCUUUAUUGUUCCGAUUCACUGGUGAAUACCCACAUACAAGGUAAGAAAAUGAGAAUUCAGAGAUUUUGGAGGAUUUGUAGAGAUUUGGAGGUGAUUUUGAAAGUAAAGGGUGGGCGCGAGCUGCCGAGUAAGAAUUUUUGGUAGAAGUGUGGGAAAAAGUUUAUGGAUGUUUUUGAGUGCCUCAGGGAACUGAGAAAUUUUUUGAAACGAUUUAUGGAGUUUAGAGCCCAUUUUUUGGCGGUAUAUAGGGCGCAGCUCGCGAAAAUAUUUUUUCCUUAAUUUUCGGGAAUUUAAUUUUUUUCUUUUUUAGAGAGCUCCGGAGCUACACUUGGACCGGUGACAACCAAUUUUUCAUCAACGCCUCCAAGGACUUCCUCUCCAUGGGCGCGGGUGGCGGACAUUACGGCCUUUAUCUGGACGCUGACCUCUUCAACGGCCGCUCCCAACGCUGCGCCACCUUCAACAACGAGCCUCUGGCAGGCGGAAUCAAGGAAGACUUCCAAAUCCAGUUCAUCGAAGCCUUUGGAUUCAGUAUGGACUGUUAA